AUGAGUCCCUUGAACUUGUCUAUCCUCUUCCUCAUUUCCUUAGCACUCGUCCCUACAACAACGUCUCAAGAAAGAGCACCUCAUGGACUUGUAUACGAAAGCCCUAUAGCUUUUCCACCAUCAGCCUAUCUCUUCUUUCACCCCAAUGCACCAACUUCAGAGACCAAAAACUCUUGUAUUACAUCCAAAUGUUCACCACUUCCUAUGGCAGCAGCUCUAGUAGAAGCCAAUCAAAAAUUUGAAAACAAAGCAUCACAAAAACAAAUUGGAGCUGGUGUUGUUGGUGGAAUUAUCUUUGCUUUUGCUUUUGUUGUUGUUUUAGUUGUUGGAGUUUACUAUGUUAAGGUCAUUCGUCAAGCUAACAUGAGUAGAAACAUUAAUAAUGUUCAGUCUCAUGCUUAA